GUUUUCCAUUUGAUAUGAAUGACUGAAUAAAUUUUUUUGGGUCUGUUCGUGAACGUGCAUUUAGAUUGAAAUUGAAUACAAGCACCCUCAUCUGAUAAAUGAUAACGGCCGUUUUCUUUCAUUCACACAGGAUACAUGUUAGAGCCUGAUCAAGAAGAGAGACCUGACAUCUAUCAAGUUUCUCACUUUGCCUUUCGGUUAGCUGGAAAGGAGUGUCCAGUGCCAAAUCUUUUUAACUCUCCCCUUCCCACCUCAUUGCCGGAUCCACUUACUGCUAGUGAUAUUGCUGCUAAGAAGAGCCUGACAAAAGCCAGAAUAACAGAUUCAGUUGGACCAACAGAAACAUCAAUCGCACCCAGGCAAAGACCCAAAGCUGCAAAUACUAAUGUUUUGCCCUUGUCCAGCUCUGUAACUCCUGUGAAAAUGACUGUAUCCUCAGAGACGGUUGGCAACGGCCAGAAAGCUCCUGGAAAUGGGCAGCAGUCGGCGGCGCAGAUGCCGAGUAACAGUCAACAGAACAGAGUGUUACAGCAACUGCAGCCUGGUGACCUUCGACUACAACAGCUACAUCAUCAACAACAGCAGCAGCAGCAACAGCACAAUAUCCACCACCAACAGCAGGUCACUGCACAGCAGCUACAGUACAUGCAACAGUAUCAUCAGGCCAUGCAACAGAGUCUUCAGAUGCAGCAGCAGCAGCAUAUGCUUCAGCAGCAGAUGAUGAUGCAGCAGCAGCCCAUAUAUCAAUCCCAGCAGCAACAGCAGGCUCACUACACUGCCCUGAUGCAUCAGUACCAGCAGGCCUUUGUUCAGCAGCAGCAGUGUGCUCCAGUCCAGCAGUUGCCCUAUAUCUCCCCACUGGAGUUCCAGGCCCCGCUGAGGUCCUAUAACCCUGCCGCACCUUCUCCAGUAGAGACCCCCUUCACUAACAUCAGAAACCCAGUGUCCACUGUGGAGGUCCUGAGCCCUUCUCCUCAGACUGUCACUAACCCUCCUGAUAUGUCUGGAUGGAACCCAUUUGGAGAAGACAAUUUCUCCAAACUCACAGAAGAAGAGCUUCUCGAUCGAGAGUUUGACCUUCUAAGAGCAAAAAAGCCAGUAGAGCGAUCUGUCAGCAUGGAGGCCAGCAGCAUAGACAGACAGCAGCCGGUACUGCAGCCCUCACUCCCUGAGGAUCCAUUUGGCUCUGUGCCCUUCCUGGCCAACGCAGCAGGAGCUGGUGUGCUGACAGCGGAGCAUCCAGUUGAGAAGCCCAGUGUUGCUGUGGCUGUUCCAGCCAUGCAAGACGCAACCCUGCCAUCUGUCAAGGAACACAAAACGACAAAAAAAAGUAGCACCACUAGUUCACUGCCUCAGAAAGCAGGUGAGGAAUCGGACAGUGAUUUUGAGUCCGACCCGCCCUCUCCCAAAAGUAGCGAAGACGAGGAGGUGGAAGAGGAGGAAGGUCUCAACAGCGAACACGAAGACACCGAACCUGAGAACCUGGGUCAGAGGCCGUUGCUCAUGGACUCUGAGGAAGAGGAAGACAAACACAGCUCAGACUCAGAUUGUGAGUCUAGGACAGCGAAACUUGGGCCGUCGGAGGAGAAGGCUGUGGUUUUUCCUCCGGGAACUGUGAAAGCUGAAUCUGGAGCCAGUGUGAUCACCCCUCCCAAUUCGCCAAGUGUCGCCAUACCUGCCACGAGCAUUGUGGAUGUGUUUGGUGCUGUUCCUUUUGUUGGCAGUGGUCAGCCCAGAGUGUCACCAGAGAACGUAGAUAUUUUUGCCAAAGCCCCUUUUAGGCAGGUGAGCCAGGAGAACGCUGCGGAAGAUAUUGACGUAUUCACCAAAGCUCCUUUCAACAGAAACCUAUCCAGGUCCAGCAGGAGUGGCGAUGGACCCAGCGGCCAGACGCCACCCAUUUCCCCAGACGGCGUGGAUGUAUUCGGAUUCUCGCCUUUCCAGCCCGGCCAAGAAAUACCUACCUCCGGUAACCAGGAGGACGUUUUUGGCCAAACACUUUUCGAUGAAGCAUCUAGUCCCCAACAGAGGCAGAAGCAGCGCAGCCUUCAAAAACUCUCCUCACGUCAGAGGCGCACCAAGCAAGAGGCCAGUGGCAGCAAUGGGAAGCGACACCACGGCACACCCACUGGCGGCAGGAAGAGCAACAAGCCCAGUUUCCGUACCCCCGAGCGGGUGCGAAGGCACAAGAAGGUAGGCAGACGGGACUCGCAGAGCAGCAACGAGUUCCUCAGCGCGUCAGACUCCAAAGAGAACAUCAGUAUUUCCCUGGGUGAGGUGAUAGAAAAAGGAGCUGCGCUGCCCCCAGAGGAGGUCUUGUUGGAUCCGUUUGGAGCCAAGCCUUUUCAUCCGCAAGAUGGCAGUCGACACCAGAGCUUGGGAGACAGCAAAAGUGAGAUGAACUCCACCAUUGGCAGGCAGAGGACCAGCUCCCUGCACAGUGUGUUUGAUGGAAAUAAGAUCGAUGACUUUGGAGCUGUACCUUUCACAGAAAUGGUGGUCCAAAGCGGAGCUCCGCAAACCCCACAAAUGGAUCUCGACCCUUUCGGAGCAGCACCUUUCCCCUCAAAGCAGUGAAUGUCUUGUCUUCCGGUACACACACACACACACAGAGAGAGAGAGAGAGAGAGAGAAAUGAUACACACACUGCUAUAUUAUGCAAAGUCCUAGCAGCCUUUGAAAUGUCUUUAAUGGAUGGCAGCUUUGUGCUGUGAUCUCUAUGUAUGUGCAGCCCAUUUGGACGCAGGCCUUUAAAUUAGAUAACAUUCAACUUUUGUAGUUUUUCAAGAGUUUUAAUACCAUUAUAACACCUCUUUUACUUUUUGGGGUCUUAAACCUGUGGUUUAUUGAUGAUUCUUUAGCCUUUACGUGCUAGAAAGCCUUCUAUGCUGCAUUACAAUAAGCGCUCUGAGCUCAGUAAAAUAAAAGAAAAAAAAACAUUGGA